AAGUCUUAGUUCGACAGCAAAGUCGAUCUGGUGCAUAAUAAUGUGUUGUAACUGCUGCAGUGUUCGUCAACGAAAAAUAUGGGUCUUCACCCUAGGAACUAGUUUUCUAGUCCUUGGAAUUUUAAUGAUUUGUGUUUGGCCUGGAUUAAUUCGAAAAAUUUUAUACAAUGAAUUACCAUUGUCAAAAACAUCAAGGACCUACGACAAAUGGUUUGUAACACCUAUUCCCAUUUAUAUGCACAUGUAUCUCUGGAAUUGGACAAAUCCAGAAGAAGCUACAAAUCCUGAUGUCAAACCGAAUUUCGUACCAAUGGGACCUUAUGUUUUUCGUGAGGCAAAAAUCAAAGAGGACGUCGAAUGGCAUGAGAAUAAGACUGUAACUUACUUUGGAACACGAACAUGGUUUUUUGUGCCAGAAAAGACCAAUGGAACAUUAGAUGAUUUGAUUACUUGUCCUAAUGUUGGCUCAGUGUCAGUGGCAAGUCAAAUGUACGAUGAAGGUUUUGCCAAAAAAUUGCUUCUCAAUACUUUACUCAAUGCAAAUGGUGGUUCAUUGACAUGGACUAAAACAGCCGAAGAAUGGCUCUUUAAAGGCUUCUAUGAUGAAUUUCUGGAUUUUGCUGUCGGUUUAAAUAGACCUGAUGUACCCAUCGAAUCACCCUAUUUCGCUUUGUUUUUGGGUAGAAAUGGCACAAAAGACUACGAAGGCACCUACACUGUCCAUACGGGACAAGGUGAUUUAUCACAAAUGGGUCAGUUGACACAUUGGAAUGGAAGUACACACACCGGAUUCUAUGAGGGUGAAUGUGGUAAAGUGAACGGAAGUACUGGAGAUUUAUGGGUUCCGAAUCGGCCAAGAGACGAAGCCAUAUCGAUGUUUAUUCCGGACACUUGUAGGUACAUAAAUUUGUUUGCUGGCGAAAAUCGACGUAAGUUGGGUAUUGAUGCGAUUCAAUAUGCCACCAAUGAGAUGACAUUCGAUAGUGGAGAAAAGUAUCCGAAUAUGAAGUGUUUUUGUCCGAAGGAGAGUGAUCAUUGUCAGAAAACUGGUGUCAUUGAUUUGGGACCAUGUACGGAGGGAGCUCCAAUGUAUAUGUCACAUUCUCAUUUCUAUUUGGCCGAUCCGAGUUAUCGGGAGAAUAUCACUGGAACCGCACCGGAUCCCAAAGAACAUGCAUUUUCAAUUUUGAUGGAGCCCACAUUGGGAGUGCCAUUAGAAGUUCAUGCUGAUGUCAUGAUAAGCUUGCGAAUUCGCAGGGAUGAUGAUUUUAAGAUUUUUAGAAAUAUUCACGAGGAGUUCUAUGCUCCUUUCUUUACAAUUUCACAGAGGGCUGAAAUUGAUGAGGCACUAGCAGCUGAAGUUAGGCUUGCGCUGAAUCUACCGUCUUAUGGAGUUUAUGGUGGAAUUGCUUUUACUGCCAUUGGGGCGAUUAUGCUAAUAAUUGGUAUUUACUUGACUAUAACUCGAAAUUGGAAGAGACACGACAAUGAUGGUCUGAUAAAGAACUAAAACAGGGUAUAAUAAAAUAAAAUUUAAGGUACAAAUUUA